UCGCUGCUCACGCGCCUCCCUCCCGCUUCCCCCGUCGAUUCGAAAACCCUUUUAAAAUCGCAACCACUCCCCCACCCCGACUCUUCUCGUCCCCCUCUCCCCCAUUCCCCAGUAGAGCAGAGAGAGCCGUGAGCGAAGGGCCACCAAAGAGCGGUGUGUAGUACUAAAUACUUCGAACGGUGGAGGAGGGGUUCGGACGCGCAUCAAUCGAUCGAAGUAUUCUCAAUAUGGCAAUGGAGAUCACUCAAAUACUGCUAGCUGCUCAAUCUCCUGACGCUCAAAUUCGUACUGCUGCGGAGGAAAGCUUAAAGCAGUUUCAGGAGCAGAAUCUCCCUCAUUUCCUCCUUGCACUAUCUGUUGAGUUAUCAAACGAGCAAAAGCCUCCAGCAUCCCGAAGGCUUGCCGGUAUCAUCCUCAAGAACUCAUUAGAUGCAAAAGAUUCCAUAAGGAAAGAAGAAUUAACGCAGCGAUGGGUCAGUGUGGAUCCCGCAAUUAAGUUUCAAAUCAAGGAAUCCUUGUUAAGAACACUUGGUUCGCCUGUAGCUGAAGCUCGGCACACCUCAUCACAAGUCACUGCGAAGGUUGCUUCAAUUGAGAUCCCACGACGAGAAUGGCAGGAACUUAUUGCAAAGCUACUAACAUAUAUGACACAGCAAGACACAACAUCUUCCUUGAAACAAGCAACAUUGGAAGCACUGGGAUAUGUUUGCGAGGAGGUAUCCCCUCAGGACUUACAACAGGACCAAGUAAAUGCUGUUCUUACUGCUGUUGUCCAAGGCAUGAACCAAAAGGAGCAUAGCUCCGAAGUCCGCCUAGCCGCUGUUAAAGCUUUGUACAAUGCUCUUGAUUUUGCUCAGACGAACUUUGAGAAUGAGCUAGAGAGGGCCUUUAUUAUCAAGGUUGUCUGUGAGACUGCCGUAUCGAAAGAAUCUGAGAUUAGGCAGGCGGCCUUUGAAUGUCUUGUAUCAAUAGCCUCCACCUAUUACGAGAUUUUGGAGCCUUUCAUGCCAAGCUUGUUCAACUUAACAUCUAAUGCCGUGAGGGGAGAUGAGGAGCCCGUCGCACUGCAGGCAAUCGAAUUUUGGAGUACAGUCUGUGAUGAAGAGAUCGCGAUCCAAGAAGAGUAUGGAGGAGCUGACGAGGGGAGCUCUUCUCUUCAUCACCGCUUCAUCGAAAAGGCUCUUCCAUCGCUCGUACCUAUGCUGUUAGAAACACUAUUGAAACAAGAGGAAGAUCAAGAUCAAGAUGACAGCAUGUGGAAUCUCUCUAUGGCAGGUGGGACCUGCCUUGGACUUGUUGCAAGGACAGUUGGUGAUGCAGUAGUGCCUUUGGUGAUGCCUUUUGUUCAGGAGAACAUAAUGAAGGCCGACUGGCACAACCGUGAGGCUGCAACAUUUGCAUUUGGGUCAAUUCUUGAAGGUCCCUCUGUCGAAAAGCUGGCACCCUUGGUUCAUUCAGGACUUGAUUUCUUGCUUAAUGCAAUGAAGGAUCAAAAUAGUCAUGUCAAGGACACUACAGCAUGGACCCUUGGUAGGAUAUUUGAGCUUCUUCACGCGCCAACCAGUGCCUACCCGGUUAUAACUAAUGAAAACCUUCCUCGCAUAAUGGCUGUACUGUUGGAGAGCAUAAGAGAUGUUCCUAAUGUAGCUGAGAAAGUUUGUGGGGCCAUUUAUUUCCUUGCUCAAGGCUACGAAGAUGAGCCAAGUUCUUCAGUGCUAACCCCUUACCUCGGUGACACCAUUUCAGCCCUCCUUUCUACCGCCGAUCGUACAGACACAACCAAUUCCCGUCUUCGAGCCUCCGCUUAUGAAACAUUGAACGAGAUGGUUAGAUGCAGUAAUUUACCUGAAACAUCAAACAUGAUUGCACAGCUACUACAUGAAAUAAUGAAGAGGUUAAAUCAAACUUUAGAGCUCCAAAUAAUUUCAUCUGAAGAUAGGGAAAAGCAAAGCGACCUUCAAGCCCUGCUGUGUGGUGUUCUUCAAGUUAUAAUUCAGAAACUGAGCAACUCUGAUUCAAAAGCUCUGAUUCUUCAAUCUGCUGAUCAGAUGAUGCUUUUAUUUCUCCGGGUUUUUGCCUGUCGAAGCUCUUCUGUUCACGAAGAAGCAAUGCUCGCGAUUGGCGCUCUUGCUUAUGCUACCGGUUCCGAUUUUGCCAAGUACAUGCCUGAGUUCUACAGGUACUUAGAGAUGGGCUUACAAAAUUUUGAGGAGUAUCAAGUCUGUUCCAUCUCUGUAGGUGUGGUUGGUGACAUCUGUCGUGCCCUAGAUGAGAAAGUUCUUCCCUUUUGUGAUGGAAUUAUGAGUGCCCUUCUUAAGGAUCUUUCAAAUUCAAUGCUUCAUCGUUCCGUCAAGCCCCCGAUAUUUUCGUGCUUUGGUGAUAUUGCCCUUGCAAUUAGUGAAAAUUUUGAGAAGUACGUGCCAUAUGCGAUUCCAAUGCUGCAAGGAGCUGCUGAACUUUGCUCUCAUUUGGAUGCUAGUGAUGAGGACAUGCUAGAUUAUGGGAACCAGCUUAGAAGGGGCAUAUUUGAAGCUUACUCUGGUAUUCUUCAGGGGUUCAAGAAUACAAAGGCAGAACUUUUGAUGCCUUAUGCAGGCAAUCUCCUUAAGUUUACUGAAGCUGUCUUUCGAGAUAAGAACAGGGAUGAGGGAGUGACUAGAGCUGCAGUUGCAGUGAUGGGGGAUCUCGCAGACGCGCUUGGUCCGACCACGAAAGCCCUAUUUAAAGAAUCUCAUUUCUACUCUGAUUUCUUGGAGGAAUCUUUUCAGUCUGAUGACGACCAGUUGAGGGAGACUGCAACUUGGGCGCAGGGAAUGAUCAGACGAGUUUUUCUUUCAUGAGGUGAAGCAUUCCGUUUUGUACACUUAAUUGCUGCUUGUUGUCAGGUUGUUUCAAGUUUUAUAGUUUUCUAAAAUUGAAAAAAGCAGUCGAAAGCUCCCUACCGUUCAGUGUAUCAUAGGAUGCCGUGCUUUUAAAUCAAAUCCCUUCCUACUUUCUCUAGUUGGUCUAUAGAAUGGCAGUGGUUUGCCAUUCUUACGGAACAGAAAAAAUAGAUGUGGCAUGUGGGAAUUCAUGAAUUAUUACGUCUAAUGCACCGGCUUGCACGUGGCUUGUAACCACUUAUCGCGGAAUGUAUUAGUUGAUAAAUUACUAUUGAUGCUUCAUCCUUGAGAUGUCCGACAAAGUAGAGAAAGUUUGGGUGUGUUUUGGACAGGCUUAUGUAUUAGAGUCAAUUGUUGAUUGAUAAACUGUUUGAUCAAUGUUCUUAUUCUUUUUUCGAAGCA